UCUCAAACUGUAUUAUAUUUUUCUCAAGCUUUCCGUCAAGCAUACCGACAAGCACAUUCAGCAUGAAAAUGGCGAACUCGCUCGAGUUGCUUUUCGGCUGUCAAAGGAGUAUAAACGUUUUAAUUAUCGUUCUGCAAAAAAGCUACUUUUGCACCACGUUCACAAAUAAAUAUUUAAUUAUUCAUAUAAAAUAUCAUCAAAUAAAACGAAAUGUCUAUCGGUGUACCAAUAAAAGUGCUACACGAAGCAGAGGGGCAUAUUAUCACGUGUGAGACAAUUACCGGCGAAGUAUACCGGGGCAAACUAAUAGAGGCAGAAGAUAACAUGAAUUGCCAAAUGACACAAAUCACAGUCACAUAUCGUGAUGGACGAACGGCAAACUUGGAAAACGUGUACAUACGCGGGUCAAAAAUUCGCUUCCUUAUCCUACCUGACAUGUUGAAGAAUGCGCCGAUGUUUAAAAAACAGACAGGAAAGGGAUUGGGCGGGACGGCUGGCAGAGGAAAAGCGGCGAUACUUCGAGCGCAAGCACGAGGAAGAGGUCGAGGCGGCCCAGGUGGAGGUGGAAGAGGCGGCCCACCAACGGGUGCUCCUGGUGGUGGACGUGGGGCAUGGCAAGGAGGACCGACGGGUGGCCGAGGCCGUGGUGGUCUUUAAGUAAAUAGUAUUUUAAUUCCUUUAAAUUAAGUUUGAAUUACAAUGAAGUAAAUCCUGGAACUAGAUGUUUGCUAGAUGAUCGAUGUUAAUAAAACAUUGAAAGUCGACUGACGUUCUUAUGGCUAACAAAAUUGGAUUUUGUAAUGGAUAGACUUUUCUCUGGG